GCUGUGGAGCACCAAAACACACCUUCCCCUUCAUUGGAUCUGGAGACGUUGUUGUGCUCUCUUCAGAUUUUGGGAUGGAGCCCUUGGGGACGUCGGCCGUUCUGCUGGUCAUCUGCCUCUCCUGCCUUCUCCUGUCUGCCAUCUGGAAGAGCCAGGCCAACAAGAGGAGGAAAAUGCCCCCUGGCCCAACUCCAUUGCCCAUCAUUGGGAACGCUCUGCAGCUCAAGACCAACCGCCUGGACCUGACUCUGUGCAAGCUCAGUGAGACGUUCGGCCACGUCUUCACCCUCCAUUUUGGAACGAAGCCCGUUGUGGUGAUUCACGGCUAUGAUGCUGUCAAAGAAGCCCUGAUUGAUCGGGCCGAGGAGUUUGCUCCCCGAGGGAAGAUGCCGUUACUAGAUAAAUACAUGCAAGGCCAAGGGAUCAUAUUCAGCAACGGGGAGAGAUGGAAGCAGCUCCGGCGCUUUGCCCUGACCACCCUCCGCAACUUUGGGAUGGGGAAGAAGAGCAUCGAGGAGAGGAUCCGAGAAGAAGCCCAGUAUCUCCUGGAGCAGCUGCAGGCCACAAAAGAGCAGGCCUUCGACCCCACUUUCCUGCUCAACUGCGCUACUUCCAACAUCAUCUGCUCCAUUGUCUUUGGAAAACACUAUGACUAUGAUGACAAGAAGUUCCUCGCCAUCAUGGCCGUAAUGAAUGAAAACUUUGAGAUUGUCAGCUCUCCUUGGGGCCAGGUGGCCAACACUUUCCCUUCCUUCAUGAAUUUGAUCCCGGGGCCUCAUCACAGAAUUGGGACAAACUUGGAAAAAGCCAAAGCAUUUGUCACGGAGGAAAUGGAGUCCCACAAGGAGACCCUGGACCCAAGCUCCCCUCGGGAUUUCAUUGACUGCUUCUUGGUGAAACAGGACCAGGAAAAGAACAACGAGGCAUCUGCGUUCACCACUGAGAACCUGCUAAGGUCCACCAUUGACUUAUUUUCAGCAGGGACUGAAACAACCAGCACCACCCUCAGAUACGGGCUCCUGAUCCUCCAGAAGUACCCAGAGAUAGAAGAGAAAGUGCGAGAGGAGAUUGACCGGGUGGUUGGUCGCUCGCGGUUUCCUUGCAUAUCUGACCGUGGAGAGAUGCCCUACACGGAUGCUGUCAUCCAUGAGAUCCAGAGGUUCAUCUCUCUCGUCCCGAUGAGUCUUCCCCAUUCAGUGGCCAAAGACACACCAUUCAGAGGAUACACCAUCCCCAAGGAUACCACCGUGUUUCCUCUGUUGACCUCAGUGCUUUUUGAUGGCAAGGAGUUCCCCAACCCCACACAGUUUGACCCACAGCAUUUCCUGAACAAGGACGGGACCUUCAGGAAGAGCGACUACUUCAUGCCCUUUUCUGCAGGGAAGCGCGUCUGUGCAGGAAAAGGCUUGGCCCGCAUGGAGCUCUUCUUGUUCUUGGCCUCCAUCCUCCAGAACUUCAAGCUGAAGCCCCUCACUGACCCCCAGGACAUCGACAUCAAGCCCCACCUGAGCGGCGUGGGCAACGUUCCCCCGAAAUAUAUGCUCUGCGUCAUGCCCCGAUGAAGGAAUCACACCAGGCCACCAUCCAUAGGUGCAGAUGGCCAGGGGACCCAACUUCUGUUUCUGUUCUAAGAGAUGUUUACCAGCACAAGAGUAUAUGUGUCUAUGCCUUGCUUUCACAGAGUUUUAUUAGGCCAGAGGUGCUAAUCUUCAUUUGCUCAUUCCUCUGAACCAGAGUCUAGAGCUGCUGCCAUUCAUUAGUGGUUUCCUAUCCAAGGACUAGCCCAUUCUGGGC